UCUCGUCUCGGACUGGACGCCACUGCAGUCGGCAGUCUUGAAGCGGUAAAUACGGUCAUAUGGUCUUAAAACCCUUCUCCCUCUCUCUCGACUUCCCGCCUCUCAAUCCAUCUUAAACCCAAAUCGUAGGCCCUUGUUCGAUCACUUCCCGAUCUGAUCAUAUGAGGCGCGCCUUCGAUGAGAUCUCCGAUGACGAGUGGGAGAAUCACACCUUCAAGCCUUCGAAGGUCCUCAAGAGGACCAAUCUCCCAUCUCUUCCCCCCAUCGAAUCCUUCGCCUACCAGCCCCAUGCCCCCGGGGGAACCGGGUCACACGAUAGCCCCGUUAAUUUGGACGACGAGGACGAGGAUGUGGGCGACGGCGACGUAAAGGUGACGCGUUCCCCACAUGGCUGCGGCAGUCGGGGCAGGCGAUUCGUAGUGGAUGACGAUAGCGACGUUGAUGAAGUGGUCGAGGUCCGGCCGGCUGCGCCUGAUGACGAAGAGAUCUCGUGGUCAGAGGAUGAAGCAGACGUCGUGGAAGAGGAAGCAACGAACCUACAGGAAGACCUAGAAGUAGAAGAGGUGGACGUCGUUGGUCGAGCUCUCCGCAAAUGUGGCAAGAUAUCAUCAGCCCUAAGGGAGGAGCUUUAUGGUUCCUCCAUUUCCAAUUGCGAUAGAUAUGCUGAAGUUGAAGCUUCUUCGUGCAGGAUUGUCACUCAGGAAGAUAUUGAUGCUGUUUUUGCUCGUGAGGAAUCUGAUUUUGAGCCAAGUUUGAAGCCUUAUCAGAUUGUAGGUGUGAAUUUUCUUCUUCUGUUGUACAGAAAAAGAAUCGGUGGAGCCAUCUUGGCAGAUGAGAUGGGUCUUGGUAAGACAGUGCAGGCCGUGACAUAUCUAAACUUGCUAAAGCACUUGAACAAUGACCGAGGUCCUCACCUAAUCGUCUGCCCAGCUUCAGUUUUAGAGAACUGGAAAAGAGAAUUGACUAGGUGGUGUCCAUCACUCUCUGUCUUAUUAUUUCACGGAAGUGGGAGAACAACUUAUUCAAAGGAAUUAACCUCUCUUGGCAAGGCUGGCUUGCCUCCUUCCUUCAAUGUAUUACUUGCAUGCUACUCAUUGUUUGAACGACACAGCUCACAACAGAGAGAUGAUCGUAAGGCAUUGAAGCGAUGGAAAUGGAGUUGUGUUCUAAUGGAUGAAGCUCAUGUUUUAAAGGAUAAGAAUAGCUUCCGAUGGAAAAACCUUAUGGCUGUAGCUCAAAAUGCACGACAACGCCUAAUGUUAACAGGAACCCCACUUCAAAAUGAUUUACAUGAGUUAUGGUCAUUGUUAGAAUUUAUGAUGCCUGAUAUUUUUUCCACUGGGGAUGUGGACCUGAAAAAGUUGUUGAAUGCAAAAGAUAAUGAUAUGAUCUCACAGAUAAAAUCCAUUUUAGGGCCAUUCAUAUUAAGGCGCUUGAAGUCCGAUGUUAUGCAGCAACUUGUUCCAAAGAUACGACAUGUUCAUUAUGUUCACAUGGGCUCGCAACAGUCUAUGGCAUAUGUUAAUGCCAUAAAUGAAUACCGUGCAGCUUCCCAGGCUCGGGUCUCAAAGUCUUCUGCUUCUGCAUCUGGAGUUGAUCUGCUCCCCAAACGUCAAAUUUCCAAUUAUUUUAUGCAGUUUCGCAAGAUUGCAAAUCAUCCAUUGCUGGUUAGACACGUGUACAGUGAUGAAGAUGUUGUUCGUGUUGCUGAAGUGCUGUAUCCAAAGGGUGUAUUUGGUUUUGAAUGUAGCAUAGAAAGAGCCAUCCAAGAGAUCAAGAGUUAUAAUGAUUUUGAAAUUCACCAGCUACUAAUUUUACAUGGUGACAAUGACACAAAGGUGACAGAUGAACAUAUCUUGGGAUCAGCUAAGUGUCAGGUCUUGGCAGAACUCCUACCUCGUUUGAAAAAGGAAGGGCACAGAGUUCUGAUAUUUAGUCAAUGGACAUCAAUGCUUAACAUUCUAGAGUGGGCAUUAGAAGUUAUAGGUGUAACUUACAGACGUAUGGAUGGAAGUACUCAAGUGCUAGAAAGACAAACUAUAGUGGAUACCUUCAACAAUGAUUGUUCCAUAUUUGCAUGCUUGCUCUCAACUAGAGCUGGAGGACAGGGUCUUAACUUGAUUGGAGCUGACACAGUUAUCAUUCAUGAUAUGGAUUUUAACCCACAAAUGGACCGACAAGCUGAGGAUCGUUGUCAUCGCAUUGGCCAAACUAAGCCUGUUACCAUUUAUAGUUGUCUGUUAACAGGCUUGUUACCAAGGAUACUGUUGAUGAGAACAUAUAUGAGAUUGCAAGGCGGAAAUUGGUUUUGGAUGCUGCAGUCCUUGAGUCUGGAAUCGAGCUGGAUAAUGAAGAUGUUCCUGAAAAGACUAUGGGAGAAAUUUUGUCAUCACUUAUUCUCAUCUGAAAUUUACCCAAACCAUAAAGUCAAUGAGAUUUGAUCACAUUUCUGAUGGACCUUACGUCCUAGAGCUGAUUCAAAUGCCUCUUACACUGAAAGUUGAACCUGCUUUGCAGUAUCUUCAUUUGGUUCUCUUAUUUUGCGUAGUUAGUUACAGUAAAAUUAAUAUCUUUCAGUGUUUUUCAGGAGAAAUGGCCUAAGGGAAAAUGUCUUUGUAAGUUUUUGUUCGAUUAUCCCAGUCAUUUAAGUUUCUAUGAACAAAUUGACGGCUUCUACAAGACAAUGAGAUGCAGACUGACUCAAGUCAAAACAAUUGGUUUUGUGGUUGACCUCCAUACUAUUAAGUGUACAAUUGUAUGAUACAGAAUACAGAUCUCAUUAUAAGUGAUGGGGGAUUUGCCCAUUCUACUUUGAUCA